GUCGGACAGAUGGCCGAUGUCAGCGGUGGGGGUGUCAGUCUUUCCCCAGGUGCCGAAGUCGCUCGCUUCUCCGAUGCUCAAUUGCCCCUGCGCAAGGUAACUUUGAACAGUGCCGGGGAAUACCGCUGCACUGUUAGUAAUCCCUCGCCCAACCCCAGCGUCAUCAAUGUGCCCAAAAUCACGCGGAAAUUCCGUCUUCAUGUGAUUCCUCGUUCGGAAGGCGCAGUGAUUGAGGGUGAACACGAAGUAUCCAUUAACGCCAAAUCCGGUGACGAUCUCAUCCAAACAUGCAGGGUAAAUGCUGAACAACACCGUUCAGUAACCAUUCGGUGGGGCAAAACCAUCGACAUGGAGAGUGCAGAUGUAGAGAGAAAUCCCGAACAGGAAGUUAUUCGGCUCUCGAAUAUGGCCUUCGUUGUAUUCCCCUCCGUCUCGGCCAGUGAAAUUCGCAGCAACUCCGAUAAUCUGCCCAGUCCGGUUGCGGUGAGUGAACCUGGAUCAAGUGAGAGUCGGUUGCUCAUCCGCAAAGCUACAGUACGUGAUUCCGGGUUGUACAUCUGUUCUGUCCUCACGGAGUCCGGUCGCGAUGACAGAAAAUUAGUACGCGUGAAUAUUAAAGACUCCCAAGCACAAGGGGUGAAAGACGUCAGUGCGAACAACUUCCCACACCGCCUGACCCUCUACAUUGCAGCGCCCGUUGCAGUCUUCCUCAUCUGCCUCUGUGUCAUCAGCUACUGCCUAAUUAGCCGUCGCACCCGAAGAAGCCAACAACUGAACGGCAAUUCGCACACGCGUGCAACGUUGCCGUCGGGUCAGCAGAGGUCCAGUGCUCGUUCAGAGCACGUCUCAGCCGCCAGUAAUAAUUCUAUGGCCGGCUACCGCGCUGGCGUUAUGCCGCCGGAUGGUUCUGGAUAUCCCCUGAUGAAGCCGAACGGUCACCCCCAUAACGGCUGUCCCGCAGUAACAGUUACGGGCCCUCAUGAGCACUACAACCCGCCCGGAAUUAUGUAUGUUCCUACAGGCAUGACUGGCGUUUACCAUGACUACUCGGGCCAACAGGCAACACAACAGACAGGCUAA